UCCAGCCUCAUCUUCUCUUCCCCUUUUCUUUCUCCUUCUCCACAAUCCACAAAUUCCCCCAAAAUUAGUUUCUUCAUCCAGAUAUUUCUUCCUCAUCUCGUUUCCUCUUGAUUUACACUGCAUUUCCGUCGUCAAUUCCGAUAUGGAUCUACUUUUUGCUCGUAUUUCACUUCUGUUCCGUUAAAUGAACCUCUUUUUUCUGGAUUCACAUUGAAUUCCUGUUUCCUGAGCUUCCUUGUUUAUUUAUUUUCCAUAUUAAGAAGUGUGUUGAGUUGUUGUGUAACUGAAAGUUCAAUACUGCCGUUUUGUUCCAAAAGAGGAAAUGGGAUAAUUUUGGUCCCUUAAAAUUCGAAUUUAAUAGGAUUUGGAUUUUUUGCUUUUUUUCGGUGAAAAUUGAGGUUUAGAAAUCAGUUCCAGCUAAGUCGAAACGAGAUUUGGAUAAACUAAUGGCUUCGUCAGUUCAGGGAAAGCAUGAAAGUGCUACAGGUGCGACUGAGGAGAGUAUGCAGUCGAAUGAGCAGUUCUCUAGUGCGGAUGAGUACGCUUUUAAGGUGAGAAAGCCAUAUACCAUUACUAAACAAAGGGAAAGAUGGACUGAGGAAGAGCAUGAGAGGUUCCUCGAGGCCUUGAAACUUCAUGGUCGUGCGUGGAGGAAAAUUGAAGAGCACAUGGGUACGAAAACAGCAGUGCAAAUUCGAAGCCACGCUCAGAAGUUUUUCUCCAAGGUUAGCUGUUCUCAUAAGUAUCAUAUCUGCCAUUAUGUCAAUAUACUCCUUUUAGUAAGCCAUCUAAUUCUUGUGAGGUGCUCGUGA